AUGGAUAGAGCUAAAAAAGUAGUCAACGAAAAGAAUGAGCGCAUCUUGCUCGAAAUGACAAAACAACCCGGAAACGAUACAUGCGCUGACUGUGGUGCAAAAGGGCCUCGAUGGGCUUCUCACAACCUUGGCGUAUUUCUUUGCAUACGUUGUGGUGGCCUACAUCGCAAAAUGGGUACUCAUAUUUCUAAAGUUAAAUCAAUAUCUUUAGAUUCUUGGACACCGGAACAAAUUGAGAAUAUGCGACAGUGGGGAAAUUUGAAAGCUAAUGCCAAAUGGAACCCUCAUUCAGAAUUACAUCCUGUGCCAGUUAAUGCUUCCGAUAGGUAA